GUCAGAAGCUUUGUUGGGUUGUGGAGCAGAUGGAAUUUUGGGUCUCGCGAAACAGUGAAAUGCGUUUGUCUGUUUGAAAGUACUCUCACAAAGGCAGCCAUGAUCCUAUGACGAGAAGUAUGUGGAGUAUAUCGUGUGAAUAAGCGAGGGAUAUUUAGCCAUGUUCAUAAUUCAGUAAAUAACAGUAUUUCUAUCGGUAAUUUAUAAUAAGUCACUGGAAGUAGCAGCGAGGAGAGGUUUAUUCCAAGAUGGCGAGAAAGGACUUGUGUACGAGAGUGUUAUCAAUAACAUUAGUGGCUUUGUUACUGGGAAUAGAAAAUAAAGGUCGUGUAUUCAGCAGUCAGGCUUAUACUAGGAUAACAGACCAAGCCCUAGCGCCACACGGUAAAUGCGAACCGAUCACUAUACCACUUUGUAAAGAUAUUCAGUAUAAUGAAACUAUUAUGCCAAAUUUGUUAAACCACCAGAAACAGGACGACGCGGGUUUAGAAGUUCAUCAGUUUUUCCCAUUGGUAAAAGUACAGUGUUCGACACAGCUGAAAUUUUUCCUCUGCACAAUGUACGUUCCUGUGUGUACGGUUUUAGAAGAUGCUAUCCCACCCUGCCAGUCGCUGUGCAAUCAAGCUCGGGAUGGAUGCGAAAGUUUAAUGAAUAAGUUCGGUUUCCAGUGGCCAGACAGCUUAAAAUGUGAAAAAUUCCCCCAAACUGGAUUAUGUGUUGGAGAAAAUACAACAGAACCAACCACACAGAAAACUCCGACAGCAAAACCAGGAAAUCCCAAUGUUCCAGGGCGUGGUGGCGGCGGCACAUAUAAUCCAGACCGUCCUGGGUCAGGCGGAGGAUCAACUGGUUCUCACGACGUAAAUAUUUCUAGAGACUUUGGUUUCAGUUGCCCUGAUGAAUUAAAAGUUCCCAAAGGUUUUGAUUACAACUUAAAAGUUGGUCACCACCUUGAAAGAAACUGUGGGUCACCCUGCUAUAACAUGUUUUUUAAGUCAGAAAAAAGGGAGUUUGCACGUUGGUGGAUUGGUGUUUGGUCAUGCAUUUGCCUAGCCUCAACUCUUUUCACCGUUCUGACUUUCCUGAUUGAUAUGCAGAGAUUUAGAUAUCCAGAGAGACCCAUCAUUUUCUUAUCUGGAUGCUAUUUCAUGGUUGCCAUGGCCUAUGUGGUUGGAUUUGCUCUCAGGGAAGAAGUGGGCUGUAUGGAACCUUUUGAACCUCCAAAUGAUAAAAUCAUGAAAGAAAGCAUGGUUCCAAUUAUUACUCAAGGAACCAAAAAGGAAGGAUGUACCAUUUUGUUCAUGAUGUUAUAUUUCUUUAGUAUGGCCAGUUCUAUUUGGUGGGUUAUUUUAACCCUCACAUGGUUUUUGGCUGCAGGAAUGAAAUGGGGACACGAAGCCAUUGAAGCCAACUCACAGUAUUUCCAUCUAGCCGCCUGGGCAGUUCCUGCAAUUAAGACCAUUGCAAUUUUGGCAAUGGGACAGGUCGACGGAGAUGUUCUUAGUGGGGUUUGUUUUACAGGAAUAUUCGAUGUGGAUGCGCUUCGUGGAUUUGUCUUGGCACCUCUAGUUGUGUAUCUUAUCAUCGGAACAUCAUUUUUAUUGGCAGGAUUUGUGUCACUGUUCCGCAUCCGAACAAUUAUGAAAAGUGACGGUACAAAAACCGACAAACUUGAAAAAUUGAUGGUGCGCAUUGGAAUAUUUUCAGUACUGUAUACCGUACCUGCCACAAUUGUCAUAGCUUGUUACUUCUAUGAACAGUCUUUCCGUGAAAAUUGGAUGGUGACCUGGUGGGCCACAACAUGUAAAGGCUACCACAUCCCCUGUCCGUUCGAUCUUAAAUCCAAACCGUGGCCAGACUUUAACGUGUUUAUGAUCAAAUACCUCAUGACUGUUAUUGUAGGAAUAACAUCAGGAGUUUGGAUUUGGACAGGAAAAACCUUCAUGUCGUGGAGGAAUUUUUAUGGACGUAUUUUUUCACCAAGAGGUAAUGAAUCCGUAGUCUGAAGACAAUCCAUGACUUAAAUGGUUUUAGCUUAAAACAAACCAUAAAACGGUUACAGGGCCCCCUCCUGAACCGGGAGGGUUGUCAAUCGUCCAACAGAGAAAGCUUUAAAUUAUUGGAUAUUUUACAAACAAAAGACAAUCAAAGUGAUAGGAAUCACUGAAAAUAUUUUUUCUAUCUGAAAACACCAGUGUUGGCUUAAGGUGUUCAAAUGUGGAACAUUCACCAUUUUUGGGUAAAGACAGAUAUAAUGUAUUAAAUGGUGCUAUCGUUUCAGAAACAGGGUUUUUAGGAACAAGAAAGAUACUAUUUCCUUGAAAAUCUGGAUUCAUAAUCUGAAAUGCUUUUACCAGAUUGUCUUAGUGCGGUGUUGUUGAGUGAUAUGGCAUCAGUCUUGAUGAGAGAGUUAGACCCAGAACUUCACUCUACAACCCAUAUUAAUAGUCUUUCCUACAGACUGUCUAGUUUCUUAGUUCUGGUUUACAUGUAUACAUAGGCACCAAUUCCAUGGUAGGCUAGUUCCUGAUAUUUUGAAAUGGAAUCCACCUGUGUAUCUGCUAUUCUUGUAGAAACCUUUAUUUGGUACCAGUGUUGUAAAUGUCAAUUUGUGAGACCAACAUCAAUAAAUUGGUUUGAAACGAAUUGAAAACAUAGCCGCGCUACGUCAACCAUGUGUUGUGAUUCAAAUCUGAUUUUAUUUUUGGGCAAAUUACUAAAUAAGCUUACAGAAAACAAUUUAAUACUGGUAUUUGUUAAAUACUGCAAAUUUUAUUUUAUCUUUGAUUUGUAAUUCAUUUGAUCUAAGCGGCAAGAAAAGAGUCUGGUUUUAAAGGUGUCCCAAAUUAGUGCUUUUCAAAGAAAGUUCAAAUUUCUAAUUAUAAAAUCUUUUCUACUUAUUGUGGUAUUGGUGCAAUCAAAAGUUUUGAUUUUGGCUCAAAAUGUGGGUUUUCAUUUUUUUUUUUUUCGCUUUGUGAUUUUAUUUAUCAGGGAUUCUAAGAACAAUAAUAUUGAGACUUUCUGAAAUUUGUUAUUUGUCCUAAUUUGAAGGUCACUUGUACUUUUUUCAGAAAUGUCUUGAACACAAAAGAAAAUUCUAAUUUUCUUUGAUCAAAGCAUGAAAUGUUUCAACUGUUGACAAAAAAUGGAUAUUUGUGAUGAACUUGUAAUAUAUUUUUCCAUUUUUGGAAGAUAAUGAAUAUUUUGUGUAUUAUUGGUUCCAGAACUACAAUAUUGGAACUCAGACAUUUUUCACUAUGUGUGAAUUACAAUAAACAGUGGAGUAUUACCUAUAUAUAAUUAUUAUUAUUAUUAAUGUGAACAUAUUAAUAUAAAACUUUUGUUAAUAUAUUAUUAUAUUCUUGUGCUAAAGAGAAACAGUUUGUGUAUAAUAGGCCGAUGUAGUUACAUGUUUCCUCUGUGUGUGACGUAUAUACAUGUAAAAUGUGUCAUGUUCAGAAGUUCUUGACAAAAACAGUUCUUCAAUCUCGAAAUAAUACAUUCAAACAGUGAAGAUUUUUAAAUGUGGAUUAAAUAUUUUAAAAUUUUUGUGGUCACAGAAUUUUUAAAGAAAUGUGUUUUAAUAUGGAGAACUACGAAUUCAAAGACUAGUGUGGAUAAAACCAAUUUUGUAAAUAUUUUGUAAUUUUAAUGUGUAUUAAGACCUGAAUGAGAGCUGAGUUUUAUUUUAAUACAAGUUAAACCCAUUGUUUCACCUAUAAACUAUACAAUUUCAUUUCAGAAGUUUUUAAUUAUAUAUUUAAAGAUUUAUAUACAUGUACUGUAGGUAUAAAACUACAGUAUUAUUUUAAUAUAUUUAGUACCCUCCAGUUAUUGGAAGUAUUUUUAUAAGAUUUAUUGAUCAUGUAGUGGUUCUGUGAAAUAAUCCAUGAUUUUGAUUAUCUACAUAAUAUUUGGUCAGGUUCCUUCAUUAAAUACCCAAAAUGUGAGUCAAUAUUGCAUUUAUCCAACUUACAGCAAGGCAGUUUGUCGUGGUUAGUAUUUUCAUCUACAUCUUAUGCCAUUAUGUAUAGAUUGUAAUUUUUCAACAUUUAAUAUUGUCAGAAACUCUCUUGAACCAUCAAAAUCUGUCAAUAAUCUUGAAUGCUUCCAAAAAGUUUGAAUUUGAUAUUUUGAUCUGGCAAAAAUUGUUUGAUGUUCAUAAGUCAGAAAAUGUAAAACUUGUGUUUCAUUUAUAGGGUCUGAAAUCCAACAUUUGAAAAAAAUCCAUUUAUUUAAAGAGACUAUAAAUGUCUAUUUGAAUGGCAUGUAAAUGAAUUCUAGAAAUUUUUGAUAUGCUUUAUGGACAUGCAUUAUUUUGUAAUGAAUCAAUCUAAAGCAUUUAUUUCAUCAGCCAUAUUUCUACAAAAGUAAAUGACAAUUAGCCCCAACUUGACAUAUAGUGCAAUGACCUUCAUAUAUUGGCUGUGUUCAGGGUUCUUCUAAUUAAUGUUCUAUAUUGAUAUAUUAUUACAUGUAUAUAAGUCAUUAUUAUUUAACCAUUGUUCAUUAAUUAGUAUUUCUGUUAAUUAAUGGUUUCAUGUUCAUUAAUAAGGGUUAUUGUUGAAAUAAAACUCAGUAUGUACAAGUCUUAGUACUCUAUGUAAUGUUAUAUUAUGUAUGAUACUAAAUAAUUCAAGUAAAUAAAUAAAUAACCAAAUAACUUAUAUACAAAUCUUUUACAUUUUAUACUUGAAAAAUCCUAUAUAGAUUUUAGGGGGCAUUUUGCCAAGGAAAAUAUUCAUAUAUGUAUAUGACUUUAAAGGGACAUUUUGCUAAGUAAAAUAUUUGAUUGAAAAGAUGAAA